AUGCGCUUCAUCGCUAUUGCCGCUCUUCUUGCUUCUAGCCUUUUUCUUGUAGAGGGAACUGCCAUCCGCGAUAAGCGCCAAUCCUGCGGCUGUGCUCCAAGAGUUCAACCAAGUUGUUCAUGCCAAAGAACCUCCUACGCUCAGCCGCAACAGUUCAGUUGUUCCUGUCAUCAGAACACCGCUCCAGUCCAGAAAUCAUGCUCGUGUGCCCAGCCAGUUCAACAACAAACCUACCAAGUGCAAACUUCCCAAUGUGCUCCAGCUUGUAAGCAGUCGUGCCAACAGCAAUGUCAGGUUGCUCCAUCUGUUGACCAAUGUCAAUCUUCCUGCCAACAAACUUGUCAGACAUCUUCCUGCUAUGCUCCAACCCAGACUGUUAUGAUUACCACCACCCAGGCUCCACAAUACUGUCAGCCAUCAUGCAUGCCAGCUUGUGAACAAUCCUGCGUUGCUCAAACUCCAGCUCCAGUUCAAUGCAUGCCACAAUGUCAGCAACAAUGCCAACAACAAUGUGUCCAGACUCAGCCAAUCCAACAGUGCCAACCACAAUGCCAACAACAAUGCGUUCAGCAAUGUGAUGUCCCAACUACCACUGCAGCUCCACAAAUCAUUAAGAUCAACUUGGAAAUCUCUGCUCAAUGUGUUCCACAAUGCCAGCAAUCCUGUCAACAGCAAUGUGUUCAACAACAAGUUCCAGCCCAGCAAUGCAACCAACAAUGCACCCAACAAUGCCAGACCACCUGCCAACAAGCUGUUCCACAAUGCCAACAGCAAUGUGCUCCACAAUGCCAGCAACCAUCGGCUCCACAGUGCCAGCAGUGCCAGAAUACCUGCCAACAAUCUGCCCCAGUUGUUCAACAACAAUGUCAGCAACAAUGUGCUCCACAAUGCCAACAGCAAUCCGCACCAGUCUGCCAACAAUGUCAAUCUUCCUGCCAACAGACCCAGCAAUGCCAGCAGCAGUGCACUCCACAAUGCCAACAACCAUCAGCUCCACAGUGCCAGCAAUGUCAAUCUGCUUGUCAAGCCCCAAUUAUGACCACCACUGCUGCUCCACAAGUUGUUACCAUUAUCCUUGAAGCCUCCGUUUCCCAAUCUGCUCAAUGUGAACCACAGUGCCAGCAAUCCUGCCAACAACAAUGCGUUCAACAACAGCAACCAGUUCAGCAAUGUGCUCCAGCAUGCACCCAAUCCUGCUCCCAAUCCUGCUCCGCUGCUCAACCAGCUCAGAUGCCGUGCCAGACUCAAUCCGUCAAUUCGUGUACCUGCCAACAAAACUAUUCUCCAUGUGGAAACGGACAAUGCUGCAAAAGAAAGUGA